AUGUGCGGCAUCUUUGCAGCCCACGCCUAUGACCCCAAGGACCUCCCCUCCUUCCGCGCACGCGCCGUCGCGCUCUCAAAGCGCCUGAGGCACCGCGGACCCGACUGGUCCGGGUGCAAGAUGACCCAAGACGCCAUCCUCGUCCACGAGCGACUCGCCAUCGUCGGCGUCGACACUGGCGCCCAGCCCAUCACCUCGGAUGACGACAAGCUCGUCCUCGCCGUCAACGGCGAGAUCUACAACCACCGCGCACUCCGGAAGCAGCUCAAGAACCCCGGGACAUUUAAGACCCACUCGGACUGCGAGGUCAUCCUCCAUCUUUACAAGGAGCACGACAAGGACCUCUGCGCCAUGCUCGACGGCAUGUUCUCCUUUGUUCUCGUCGACACCUCCGUCACCCCCUCUCGCCUCAUCGCCGCCCGCGACCCGAUCGGCAUCACGACGCUGUACCAAGGCUGGAACUCGCAGCGCCCGGGCACCGUCUACUUCGCAUCGGAGCUCAAGGCGCUCCACGACGAGUGCGACAAGGUCAUCUCGUUCCCGCCCGGACACGUCUACGACUCGGCGACGCAGGAGACGACUCGCUACUUCCAGCCGUCCUGGUGGGAUGGCGACGUCGACCCCAAGGCGGUCCCGACCAAGCCCGCAGACCUCGACGAGCUCCGCACGAAGCUCGAGAAGGCCGUCAAGAAGCGCCUCAUGUCCGAGGUCCCUUACGGUGUCUUGCUCUCUGGCGGCCUCGACUCGUCCCUGAUUGCGGCGAUCGCGGCGCGGGAAACGGAAAAGGUCGCGGCGGCGCAGCAGGCGCACCAGCACCAGGGCAAGCAGGGCAGCGCUGGCGAUGCGUCGGGUUUGGUGGGCUUUGACGACGAGGCGGCGGCAGACGAGGUCGGCACGUUGACGUCGUGGCCGCGGUUGCACUCGUUCUCGAUCGGCCUCGAGGGCUCGCCCGACUUGCUCGCCGCUCGCGUCGCGGCAGAGUACCUCGGCACCGUCCACCACGAGUACACUUUCACCGUUCAGGAGGGUCUCGACGCCGUCGAGGAGGUCAUCUACCACCUCGAGACGUACGAUGUCACGACCGUCCGCGCCUCGACCCCGAUGUACCUCUUGUCUCGCAAGAUCAAGGCGAUGGGCGUCAAGAUGGUUCUCUCGGGCGAGGGUUCGGACGAGAUCUUUGGCGGAUACCUCUACUUCUACGCCGCACCGACCGCCGCCGACUUCCACCAGGAGUGCAUUCGCCGCGUCAAGAACCUCCACACCGCCGACUGCCUCCGCGCCAACAAGUCGACCAUGGCGUGGGGUCUCGAGGCCCGCGUGCCCUUCCUCGACAAGGAGUUCCUCGAGACGGCGCUCAACAUCGACCCGCAGCAGAAGAUGUUCUCGAAGGGCUCGCUCCAGGAGCGCGACGCCGACGGCCGUCCCAUCAUGGAGAAGUACAUCAUCCGCAAGGCCUUCGACGUCGGACCCAAGGGCGAGCGCCCGUACCUUCCCGACGAGAUCCUCUGGCGCCAGAAGGAGCAGUUCUCGGACGGCGUCGGCUACUCGUGGAUCGACGGCUUGAAGGAGCACGCCGCACAGGUCGUCACGGACGAGCAGAUGGCUUCUGCCGCGCAGCGGUGGUCGCUCGACACGCCCGAGACCAAGGAGGCGUACUUCAUCCGCCAGAUCUUCGAGUCGCACUUCCCGUCCGAGGCCGCCGCCAAGACCGCCGUUCGCUGGAUCCCCCGCGCAGACUGGGGCUGCGCAAGCGACCCGUCCGGGCGUGCCGUCCAGAUCCACGAGGCGGCGUACGACGGCAAGGCGACGACCCAGGCUUGA